AUGAAGCUAGUCAAGAUCUGCGGAGUGAAAACUCUCGAAUCAGCAGAAACAGCAAUCCUUAACGGGGCCGACUUGAUUGGAUGUAUUCUCGUCCCCCAAAAAUCACGCACAAUCGACUUUUCCACAGCUAAACAAAUUGCCCAAUUUGUGAAAAGAGGCAGACCACAAUCGGUAGCUCAAAUGAUGUCCCACUUAAGCCAAAAAUGCGACAGUUUUGCAUCACCUGUAGAUUAUUUCGAGUACGUUUCGAAAUUGGUGCUUGAUAAUGGACCGUUCUUAGUUGGUGUGUUUCAGAACCAAUCGCGAGAUGAAGUUUUGAAAAUUGCUAACGAAAUUGGGCUAGAUUUUAUUCAGUUACAUGGUUCAGAACAGAAACUCGACUACACUAAUGAUGAAUUCGGAUUGGUUCCACGUUAUGUCGUGCCUCAAGAUACAGAACAAUUGAAACAUGAUAGCGAGGAAUUAAUGAAACGAGGAGUUUUGAGUUUACCCUUACUUGAUUCAGCUCAAGGCGGUGAGGGGAAAGUGAUUGAUUGGGAAUACAUUAGUGGGAAUUUAAAUUUCACAAGGGCGAUUUUAGCUGGUGGAUUGACACCGGAGAAUAUUCGUGAUACAAAAGAUGUGAAGAAUAUUUUAGGGUUCGAUGUAAGUGGUGGGGUAGAAACUGAUGGUGAAAAAGAUUUGACUAAAAUCAUUCGAUUUAUUGCUGGUGGAAAGAGUCUAUAG